AUGGACAAUCUAAAUAUCCUUACCGAUCCCAUUGUAUCGGACAUUGUGCUGUGCAAGUACAUUUUUCUACCGAGGGUGAAUCAAAAUGCCAUAUCCAUCCCCGAAUUGCCCGAGAUUGAUUAUGUGCUAAUCUCUCACAGCCACCACGACCACUUAGACUACCCUGCUUUUACACAACUACACCAAAGAUUUCCAAAAAUUAAAUUUCUAGUCCCUCUCAAUGUCAAAGCAUUAAUCCUGUCCCCAAUCUUUAAAACCAUUGGCAUGAAAUAUGGGCCCUUCGACGUUGCUGCACUCCCAAUUGGUGCGUACGCUCCAAAAUUCUUAUUCAAAUACCAACAUGCUGACCCCAGGGAGUGCAUUCUUAUUCAACAAGAUGUUCAAGCUAAACACUGCAUUGGAGUUCAUUGGGGGACUUUUCGGCUGGGAUAUGAGGUUGUGUGA